AUGGCGGCCAUGAGUUCACCGGGUGGUAAAGCCGAGGGGGAUAUCUCUGACACAUUCGCCUCGCUCUCGGGGAGGGAAGCUCAGCCGCUCCCAGACCGCUUCCGUGAGCUCAAAUUACGCCUCGUAGAGGGUCACGAGGAUGCCGUUAUAGCCAGCUGGAAGCGCCUACUGGCGACGCUCAAAAAAGAGAAUGAGAUUAUCGCCCGUACUGGACCCGCCAUCGUUCCCGAGAUCCGAUUCAGCCAUCUCCAAGAGGACCUGGACACACUUAAGCCCGAGAUAAAAAAGCGUGGCGUGGCGGUUAUCCGGGGCGUGAUUCCCGAAGACGAAGCCCGAUCUUACAAGUUUGAGAUUGAAGAAUACGCCCGCCAGAACCCACAAACCCGCGGCUUCCCCCCCACCGCCCCCCAAAUCCUCGAGCUGUACUGGUCCCCUGCCCAAAUCCGCGCCCGCGCCCACCCCUCCCUGCUCACCACGCAACGCGCCCUGAUGACCACGCUCUGGCACACCGCCUCCAACCCUUCCACGCCCCUCUCCCUGCACACGCCGCUCGCCUACGCCGACCGCCUGCGCAUCCGCCAGCCGGGCGACGCGCACUUUGCCCUGGGCCCCCACCAGGACGCGGGCAGUGUGGAGAGGUGGGAGGAGGAGGGGUAUGGGAGGGGCGGCGUGUAUGAUAGGGUGUGGCAGGGGGGGUGGGAGGAGGGGUUUGAUGCGUAUGAUGCGGCGGGGAGGGUCGGGGCCGUGACGGAUUUGUAUGGGGGUCUGGGGGCGUGUAGCAUGUUUAGGAUGUUUCAGGGGUGGUUGGCGAUUAGUGAGAGUGGGCCGUUGCGGGGGACGCUGUUGGUGAAUCCGUUGGUGAGGGAGACGGGGGUGUAUGCGCUGCUGAGGCCGUUUUUUAGGGCGAGGGGGGGGUUGGAGGAGGUGGGUGGGGUGAAGGAGCGGUAUUUGGAGGAGGGGAAUUGGGAGUUUACUGGGGGGGAGAAGAUGGACAGUGAGAUUCAGGGGGCCAUGCCGGGGUGUGCGCAGGAGUUUCCUGAGGGCGCGCACCCGCAUCUGGAGCUGGAUCGGACCAUGGUGCAUGUGCCGGAGGUGAGGCCGGGGGAUUAUGUCGUUUGGCAUUGCGACUCGAUCCAUGCCGUCGACAAGAAGCACAGCGGCACUUCCGACUCCAGCGUCCUAUACAUCCCGGUGUGCCCUACCACCAAGGCCAGCGCCGAGUACAUGGUCCGACAACGGGCCGCGUUCCUGCAGGGCACCCCAGGACCGGACUUCCCUGGUGGUGAGGGCGAAUCGAGGCAUAUCGGGCGGGGGACCGAGGAGUAUGUCAAGAAGUACUGCGACCCCGCCGGUGUCCAGUCCAUGGGCCUUGACAAACUCUCUACGGCGGAGGAUGAUACCCCGGGCGGCAAGGCCGUGGUUGCCGAGGCCAACAGGAUCUUGGGAUUUUAG